AGACAUCACAGCGAACUAAUGACAAUUUGUACAGAGCGGUCUGUACACAUACCACAGGAACAUACAAAAUUAGCAACUAAGUGCUUUAAUAUAUAUACAUGAAUAUCUAAUAUGAUGGAAAGUGAGGUUGUUAUGUAAGAUUAUUCUUAUGUAAAUGGAUAGUAGAGAUAGUAAUCCAAUACACAAAUAAUCAAAAAACUAUGAAUGUAAACGAGGUUUAAUAGCAUGCUUAGGGACGAUAGAUUCGUAAUGAAUUGCAUGCUAUUUGGAUUGAGCGAAUGCGUUCAUCGCACUGCUAAGACAGCUUCUUGGAACUAUGCACCAGAGAUUAUUAAGGAAAUGAGGGUCAAGACUGGAAAUCGAAGAGUAUCAAUGGAUUUACAUACACACAAUACUUGAUAAACAACGCGUGGUAAUUGGUCAACGAGAUAGUUUGAUAUAUGAUAUGACUUCACUGAAUCCACAAGAAACACACAGAAAAUCAGGUGACCAGCACGAACAACGGAAUAUUUGGGUGGAAGGAGCGGAAGAAGCAGUCACAGAAAAACGGAUGAAGUUCCCAGAAAGGUUAAAACAUUGGGUGAUAUACCCAUCUGACCCACAAUUUUACUACUGGCUCGGGAUAAUAUCGGUCGCCAUUAGUUACAAUAUUUUUGUAAUUAUCGCCAGGGCAGUUUUUGUGCAACUGCAGACAGACUUCAACCGUAUUUGGAUUCCACUUGAUGUACUCAGCUACGUUAUUUACAUUGCUGAUAUGAUUGUCCAAUUCAAAACAGGGUAUAUGGAACAAGGACUGAGGAUCUCCGACAGUAAGAAGCUUGCUAAACGUUACAUCAAGACUUGGACCUUUAGAUUUGAUGUUAUAAGUAUACUACCGCUCCAACUUCUGUACAUCCAAUUUGGGGUGAACGCACCGCUUUUGAGAAUCAACAGAAUUUUCAAAGUCAAUAGACUUUUUGAAUUCUUCGACAGGACGCUCAGGCGAACUAACUGGCCGAAUGCUAUCAAAAUAUGCAAUUUGCUGUUCUAUAUUAUAAUCAUAGUGCAUUGGAACGCGUGUGGCUACUACGCUGUUAGCAAUGCUAUGGGUUUUGGUUCUGAUUCAUGGGUAUAUCCACCAAAUGGAAACACGGAACCGUCCCGUCUGUUAAAUCAAUAUGUAUAUUCAUUCUACUGGUCGUGCCUCACACUGCUAACAAUAGGAGAGACCCCCCAUCCUGAGAAUAAUAUCCAAUAUCUGUUUGUCAUAACUGACUUCUUGAUAGGGGUGCUAAUUUUUGCCUCCAUUGUUGGUAAUGUUGGUAGCAUCAUAACCAACAUUAAUGAGGGUCGCGCUGACUUUCAGAGAAAGCUAGACAAUGUAAAACUUUAUAUGCACCUAAGAAGUGUUGACAGACCUCUAGAAAAACGUGUUCUCAAAUGGUUUGAUUACUUAUGGUCAAAUAAGCAAUCCAUGAGCGAAAACAGUAUUGUUGGAGCCCUUCCAGAUAAAUUAAGAUCAGAAAUUGCACUUCAAAUUCAUUUACAAACUAUACAAAGAAUAGAUAUAUUUAAGGAUUGUGACCCAGGGUUGCUGAAAGAACUAGUUUUGAAACUAAGACUUUGUGUGUUCAGUCCCGGGGAUUACAUUUGCAGAAAAGGAGAUAUUGGUCGUGAUAUGUACAUAGUAAAACAAGGCCUGCUUACAGUUGUAGCGGAUGAUGGUACUACUGUACUUGCGACUCUGUCAGAGGGUAGUGUUUUUGGAGAGGUUAGUCUUCUUAGCAUCCCCGGCUCAAAAUUUGGUAAUAGACGAAUAGCCAAUGUACGAAGUGAAGGAUAUUGUGACGUGUUUGUGCUAACUAAAGAGGACUUAUGGGAAACUCUCAGGGAUUAUCCCGAAGCUAAAACUAAUAUGGUGAAUAAUGGACGCAUGAUACUACUAAGGAGAGAACAAUUUGAUAAAGAUUUGGAAAGAAAAGAGAUUUCCAAACAACAACGGAAGAGUAUGGGUGUGGAUGACUUGAAGAAAAACGUAUUAAAAAUGCAAGGGAAAAUUAUGCAAAUGAUGUUUGAAUUUGAAAAUGCUCAAGAAAUAUUUGACAAGCAACUUAAAACGCUGGAAAACAGCUUAGCUAAUUGUAAAUGUAUUAUUAGCGGGAGAAAUAGUAGAAAAUGUAAAUAA